GCAAGGACGGUUCAUGACCAUAACGAACACUAUCUCGAUGGGAUGAAGGCCGUGCUUAGGAGAGAGCGAACAACAUGACGCCAGCAUCGAUGGUUGCACAAAGCACCGACUAACCCGAGAUCUUGACUGAGCCAAUGAGGCAUUCGCUAACCCCUCUUUCUGCCGUCUUGUCAUCAGACCUCGGUUGAAGCACUCAUUGCAGACAUUUGGGAUGAUGGCCGCCGCGCGUAGACAGUUCAAACGCACAGUCCGAAACACUCGGAGCAGUUGGAGAAGAGGCAUUGCAUUGUUGAGUCGUCGUCGUCAUCAUCCAACAUGCUUACAAACACUCAAUGUGCAUGUAAGUCACAAUAGGAGGUAUUUCUAUGUGUGAAGAGCUACACAUAUAAAUUCUCUUUUUCUUCGUGUUUUCUUUUUCACUGAGAGAUCCAAUCUUUAUCCCCGUCUGCUUCUCCAAACAAAGUUUAGGGACUUGGCGAUCAUGAAGCAGCAACUCCUCCCCCUCUUUGCGGCUGGAGCCGCUGCACUAUACGUGCCUUUCCUGGGAGUCAAGGAAAAACAACUCCUGCCCAUUGUCGAGGACAAUUUUGGAGAUAACGUUCUCUCCAAAGUCCAAGACACUUGGGACGACUCCGCUUCCUCCCUCUACUCCUCUCUAAUCGAGAAACACGUCAUCGAGGAGCUUGAAGCUGCUCUCCAGAAGGAUCACAAGCAUCACGAUCACGACCGUGACCGAGACCAUGACCAUGAUCAUGACCAUGACCAUCACGGUCACCACCCCCCGGGCGAGUCCAGCAAGUCCAUCUACGAACUGAUCAAAGAGUCCAAGUACAGCGAGCGCUUCGUCAAGAUCAUCGACGAGCACGACGACAUCAAGAAGCUGCUCAACAAUACCGACGGCAACAACAAACACCACUACACCAUCUUUGUGCCCACCGACAAGGCCUUUGAAAGGUUCCCUCACCACCCUGACCAUCCUCCCCCGGAGGAAGUAGUCCGCCACCUUCUCCAACACCACAUCCUCCCUUACCCGCGACCCAUCUUUCACCAUCAUCGUCGUGGUCACCAUGAUGACCACGAUCACUCCCAAGAAGAAGAACAAGAACAAGAACAACAAGACCUCUUCGACACCCUAACCUUUCCCCCCCUCCUCUUGUCUUCCCUCCACACCCUCCCCACCGAACUUCACUCUCCCCUGCUCGACCACCGCCCUCAACGUCUUCGCCUCUCCAUCAGCCCCCCCUUCUUUGGCCACGGCGGCAUCCGCGUCAACUUUGUCAACCGCGUCAUCAUGCCCAACAUUUACGCCUCCAACGGCAUAAUCCACGCCGUGGACGGCAUCUUGUUCCCCCCUCCGCCCGCGCUCAAGGGGGUAUCGCUGUUGCCGAGCUUGUUUAGCACUUUCUCCCUUGCGCUGGAGAAGACGGGGCUUGCUGAGGAGUUGGGACAUGGACAUGAUGAUGAUGAGAACGACGACGACGAUAAUAAUGAUAGAAAGAAGCAUCACAGAGGAGGAGGUAAAAAGGAAGGAAAAGGUCUCACCCUGUUCGCCCCCAGCAACCGCGCCUUUGCCCGUCUCGGCCCCCAUCUGAAUGCCUUCUUGUUCAACACGGAGCCUGGAAAGAAGUACUUGAAGGCUAUACUCAAGUAUCACUUUGUUCCUGAGCACACGGUGUAUACGGAUGCUUAUUACAAGGCUGGCUCAGGUUCUGGUCAUGAUUCCUAUAAUGAUGAUGGUGAUGAUGAGCAGCAGGAUGCGGACUACAACUAUUACCCGCCGCCGACCCACUACGACUUGGCUACGCUGUUGAGCGAGGACGCGAGACUGGGCGUGGACAUCAAGGCUUGGAAGGGGCAUGCGACCAUGGUGGUUAAUGGAUUUAACCGCCCCAGUGUGUUGGAUGGACCGGCGGCGGAUGGCGUCAUUCAUGUUGUUUCGAGCGUGUUGAUUCCGCCGCGUAAGGGUAAUGGUGAUGAUGAACAAAAGGAGGAAGAGGAGGUUGGGGAGAUGAGCGUCGAGGAGUUGGUGGCUAGGUUGGAGCCGUAUAUGGAUAGGGAGGAUGUCGGUCAGUCGUACUCUGGCGAUCUGUAAAUAAGAAUGGGAUGGUGUGAGGUGUGGAAGCAUUCUUCGAGUGCGUAUGACAUGCGGUGUCGUUUUGAAAUAUAUGACUUGAACAGUUUUGUUUUGUUAUAUCUCCAGUAGCUGCAAAGUACCGAAUCCCUCUCGCUCGCCGCCUCACACUGAUGAACAUGAGUAGAAAUAAAGAAAA